AUGUACCAAAUAAACGAGGAAUCCGAAGAAAUCAGAAAUGAAAUCGAAAUGCACAAAUUACGACAAAAACUAGCUAACGUGCGUCUUAAAUCGGAAACCGUCAAGACGUUCGAGAGCUUGAUCGACGACGACGACGAAAUGACGGAAACGAUCUAUCGGCCAAAAGCGUUUGAUGCUAGCGAUGAAACCGUGUUAGCAAACGAUGGACAACAGCAAGCUGACGAAGACCAAUCCGCGCUGCCGUCCCACGAUCCGAAUGUCACUGGUGGGAAACGUGAUGAGGACGAUGACGCUGCAACAAUGGGAAGCUGGGCAUAUUCUCGGGAUGAAGAACGCGUGAAGACGAAUGAUGGUGACGAUGAAGACAAAACGGCAACAGAAGAGGUACGCUAUUGCGUUGGUAUUAGCGGUGAUGUCGUUGACAUGUGGUAAGUUUGAGAACAGAAUGAUACAAUUAUAAGUUUUCAUAUUAAUUCCUAUCAGAAACUUGUUCUAACCAAAAAUUUGUCGAUCACCGAAGACGCUGUGUUUUUUAAGUUUCUAGAAAACUUUUUUUAUAAUAAGGGAAAAACCGAAAUAAAUUUAAAACGUUAGAAAAACAGGAAUAUUUACAUAACUCUCUGGUUUUCGUAUAUAAAUAUACGAGUACAUACUUUUGUUUUUAGCUAAAGAUAUUUUAAAUGUUCAAUUUAUUUGAUCAAACAAAUGGACCUAUACAAAUGCUCGAAUAUUUGAGGACCAAAGUUUAGUGUAACGUCUCAAUUUUUGUUUUUUUUUUUGUAAGUUAAUUUUAAGAAAUUAAAGGAAAUUCGUAAAUUAAUAUGUAGAUAAUUGAAAAUUAAGUAAUAGUAAAAUAUCGACAGUACAAAAUAAAAACAAAAUUAUUUUAUCAUACCAUUAAAUUUUUCGGAAAAAUGAUGUAGGAAAUGUCAGCUUUACAGACUACUGCGAACACGAAUCGUACGCAUCGGAAGAGUCGUCUUUGUCCUUCUAUACGACCGUAAAAAAGGCACCAUUGCGUCUGAACACCCUCGAGACGAUCGGCGUGGUCCAUACCCUGGAAAAAUGGAUUGACCGAAUUGGAGUUUUGAACGCAAUAGAUGAGACGGAAAGCGGGGAUAUGUCACAUGCUGCGGAUUACCAUCUACGGGCAUUUGAUUCCCAAGGACGCAUGACGAAAAUUGCCGAACUGCGGGAGUUCGUGUCCCGAACGCUCGCGCAAACCACCUGGGAAUUGCAAUCGUCCAACACGUUUACAGCAUUGCAACGGCUUAACGACUCGAUGCUGAAGACGGCUAGUGACGAACGGCAGCUCGAAAAAGAGUGGGUUUCCAGUCGGAUCGCGUUGACUGAUCUACAGACCAGGAAGAAGAGGUACAAAAAACUUCAUUUUGUAAGUAUACAUACCUAUAGUUAGAUACCAAAGUGGAUAUAUAAGGUGAACCAGCUAACAUCCUCCCAUCUAUUUAAAUGAGAACAUCAUAUUUACCACAGAUGAUAAUCCCAGCAGAGUGUGCUGUUUGCAAUAGGUGUCCUGUUUUUAUUACACCAACUAAGUAUUAUAAUACUGAAAAUAGUGAACAUUUGUAAUUAUUAACAACUGUCGACGAGUAUUAUAAAUUAUUAUUAUUUAUUCAACCGAAAAUCUGAUAUUUCACCUAGCUUAUUAAUAUUUAAAAAACAACGAAUGUUUUGUUCCCAGUUGAAGUUUACUUAUAGUUAAACAACUUGUAAAUAAUAAUGCAAGUUAAUACCUAAUGGAUAAUAUUUUUAAAUUUAACAAUUUUUUGGGAGGGAGAGAUAUAACUAUUAUAUGUAUUAAUAAUAAUAAAUUAUUAUUAUUGAUUGGAUUUUAGGUAUUUUUAUUGAGCAAGGCAUUUCAAAUUGGAAAGGAGGUGACUUGAAAUAGAUUAAUUAUACAUAUCCAGGUUUGAAACAUCAAAAUAAUAUGCAUAGGUCAUCUAAAUGUAUGAGUUCUAUAAAAGGAAAACAAACUUUUAUAAAACUGACGGUUUUUGAAAAGUAAUUAUAAUAAAAGGUCGUUAUAGUAAACUUACGAAAUAGAUAAACCUUAACAAUAAAUCGAAAUCUGUCCAAAAAGGUUUUUGUUUUUUUGCUGUUGCUAUUGAUAUUAUAAUGUAAUUAACUUAUUUAAUUUUACUAAUAACUGAUUAUUUUUUAAAUAAAAUAUAAUAAUACAUUUUUGUUCUUUUAUAAGAAAAAUAGUUCUACAUAAUAAACUUUUAUGUAGGCAUUUUUUUAAUUUUAGUAUAUUUCAAAUUAAUAUAUUAUAAGGUCUUGGUAAAAUAAUAGAAAAAUUACAAUUAAGAGUUCUUUAUAUUUUAAUAGUUUAAUAAAUUAUCAUCUUUAUUUAAUAUAUUGUAUGAGUUACACUGUAAUGUGACAAAUAAAGCUAAUUAAAAAUAAUAAUGUUUAAAGAAUGCAAAUAAAUUGGUUUUUACAUUAUUAUGCAUUCAUAUGGAACAGCAAUUGAUAACAGCGCGCUCUAGUAGUCAAAAUAGUUAAAAUAGAGUGAUUUGUGUCAUUUUUUUUCGAGCUGCUACACCUUAUAUAUCCUUGUUAGGUAUUAUAAAAUCUGCUGUUCAACGAAUACAUUUUGCAGAAGGAUUUUUUUGAAAGUAGAUAGAAUUUUAAAAUUUGAACGUCACUUUUUCCUCGAUUUAAGUAUACAGUAUUUCCGUGUUUAUAAAUAUACGAUCGUCAACAUAUAUUUUUGGAAUUGAAUAGGAAUAUUCGAAUAAAUUGAAAGAGAACGUCUAAGAUUGUUACAGCUUCUAUAGGAAUACUAAUGAAAAAAAACGGUUUUAGUUCUCACAUGUGUGGGACACUGUUGUACGUGAGAAAUUAGAAAGGUAGUAGAGGGAAAAUUUAAGAUAUAUCUGUAAACAACGAUAAACCGUUGCUAACGAAUAAAACGAUUCUGAGUGAAGUUAAAUUGAUAAUGAUGUCAACAUGUCAAUAUGUAUGUUGUAUUGUGGUGAAAUAAUUAAAUAGGCAUUAUAUAUUUUCUUUAAUAUUUGUUUAAAAUUGUACCAAUUUUCCCGUUUUUUCCAUGUUCUUCCCUGUUUUUCACAUUUGCUGGGAAAACUCUUAGGAAAAUCGAAAAAUGACUUCCUUAAAGGAAUUUUCCAGUCAGAUUUUCUUUCAAAAAAGUGCUAUUAUUGUAAAUUGGAGCAAAAGUAGAAAAGUUGUUUACAGGAAAAAUGAAGGCCAAAAUAUUUUUCAACUAAUUUCUAAAUUUCGUAUAUUUUUCUGUUUUUCCUCUUUUCACUUCCUGAACCUACCGAAUAAAAUUUACGUAAAAAUCUCACAAAAUUUAAAUGUCUAUAAAUAACUCAAAAAUGGCUUAAAUUUUUUGAAAAUUUGACCACGUUUUAGAAAAGUAUAAAUAUGUGUUUUCUGUCCAAAUUUUAAGUCCAUAAAGUUGAUACAAAUAUUUUAACUGAAUUAAAACAAAUAACAAAAUUAAAAAAAAAAAAAGAGCUGAUACUGGAGCGGCCACUGUUGUAGGUGAGAAAUUGGGAAGGUAGGAUACAUAAGGUAAUUUCAUUUAGAUUUGUUAGCAACGAUAAACCAUUGCUUGACAAAAGACGUCUCUGAACGCAGUAAUACAUAAUUUGAAGUGCCUUUUUUUUUUUUUUUUUUUGCGAUUUUUGUUUAAAUUUGAUUUCAAAAUGCUUAUUAAAAAAAAAAAAAGCCGUCUGAUGAUUUCGAAAAUUUGACCACGUCUAGGUGACUCUUUAAAGUACAAUUUAAACAACUUGACCUUUCAGAAAAAGUGUUAUACGUAAAAAUCAAAGCAAGUUUACUAGGAAAAAAACGUGUCCACAGACUAGAACAAAGAAACAAAAAAAUAAACAUCUAAGUAAAACCAAUAGCUACCCUCGGAAUCUAAAAUAAUAAAAGCAUUAUUUUCGUACAGUUCCCGUUUUUCUCACUUUUCUCUUUUAUUGGGAAAACUGCCAGGAAAAUCAAAAAAUGACCUCCUUAAAGUACCACCCAAAGAAAAUUUUCUUUCAGAAGAGGAUCUACGUUGUAUACAUCGGAACAAGAUUUCUGGUAGAAUUGUUGUACAGUAAAAAAAAUAAAUUAAAUUAAUAAACAUUUUAGUAAAUCCAAUACAUUCUUCGCUACACUCAGAAUCUAAAAUGUAUACUUGUGUCACGCGUUUCAGAUAAAACUAUGGAAUAUUGAAACGGAAAGAAAACGUUUGGCCGAGGAACACGAGAAAAAGAUGAUGCUAAUAAAAACAGAAAACGAGUACGUGCGAAUUUGGGAGGAUACGCGUUUAAAUGAGUCCAAAGAGAUACAGAGGGAAAAGUUGCAUGGUAUUCGGGCACAAAUAGAAGUUGUGGAAAUGGAAAGUUCUGUCGAUGAUGAUUGUAUGGCCGAAGUUAAGCGCGUGUUUACAAAAAAUUCGGUCGAUAUGGACAGGCGUGCACGCACGUGGGGUAAGAUUCACAAGGGGGAUGUGGGCGUCAUGGACAAGGACAUAAUGACGCUGGAAACUGAAAAAGAACAGUUGGAUAAGUCGCAUGUACAAUUGCAGGCCUACGUCGACGAAUUGCAGACAGCGAUUGAUGAAAUCGAAGGGCACCAACGCGAUCGUGCAGAACGGAUGAGAUUAAAAAAGGAAAAAAUGGCCAUAAGGAUACAAACAUUCUGGAGAGCCAUGAUGGUCAGGAGAUUUUUGGGACCUUUCAAACCACUGAAGGAGCUGUUUGAUAAAAAAUCUAAGAAAAAACCUACCAAAAAAAAUAAGAAAUAA